CUCAAAUCGGUUCUCGAGAGUUCGACGAAAUUAUUCUGAUAUAAAAUCGGCAUUGCUUGUGAAAAAGUGAUAAGAGAAAAUUUAAUGAAAAAUGCGAUUGCUCAUAAGUUCUUUCAACACAAAGUUGCUACCAAUAUUCUGUCAUCGAGUGAAUCUCCACCGGUAUCUUUGCAAAAAUUAUGGACUAAAUGCACGGUCUGCUGUAACGAAAAAAUUAAUUUUAAACCAUAAUGGAUCGACAGUUUUGGGUUUCCUUCGAGGAAACCUUCGGGAUUUCCGUCCAAGUGCAAUAAUGACAAUACAAAAUUUUUCUUCCAAAAGUCCAUCGGAUAAGGACCCACCGAUUGAAAAUGAAGUUGAAGCUCAAUCAGAGGAUUAUCCUACAGCAUUACCAGCAACUGUUGUUGUUCCAGAAGUAUGGCCACAUGUCCCAGUCAUUGCAAUCAAUCGUAAUCCUGUAUUCCCACGGUUUAUUAAAUUGAUUGAGCUUACCAAUCCAAUCUUGAUGGAUUUGAUUCGACGUAAAGUUAAAUUAAAUCAACCUUAUGUGGGAAUCUUUUUAAAAAAAAGUGAAGAGAAUGAAUUACAAUUAGUUGAGAAUAUUGAUGAUGUCUAUUCAGUAGGAACUUUUGCACAAAUUCAUGAGGUACAGGACUUAGGAGAUCGUUUAAGACUUGUAGUUAUGGCUCAUAGAAGAAUUAAAAUAGUAAAUCAAAUAAUUGAGGAUUUAACUCCCAAACCAACUGAAACAGAUGAAAUGAAAUUGAAGUUUCCUCUAUUAAAUACAACAAUUAACGUCUCUGUAGACGAUGCCAUGGCUGGAGGGAAAAAAAGUCGUAGAGAUCUUAGGCGAAAGAAGUUAGAAGGAAAAAUACCAGAGCAGAUGGAGAAAAGUAUGGAGCCUGUUGUUACAAUUGUUGCAGAUGAUAAAUCAGUUGAACCAAAAUCCAUUGAUGCAGCUGAAACUGUACAAGUUACAGACUCUUCUCAGAAACAGCCUUUACUGAUGGUAGAAGUGGUAAAUGUAACUCAUGAAAAGUUCAAACAAACUGAAGAAAUAAAGGCAUUAACCCAAGAACUAAUUAAGACUAUCAGGGAUAUUAUAAGUAUGAAUUCUUUAUACAGAGAGUCUUUGCAGCAAAUGUUGCAUCAAGGUCAGAGGGUAGUUGAUAAUCCUGUUUAUUUGAGUGAUCUUGGAGCAGCAUUAACUGGAGCUGAUGCUAAUGAGUUACAAGAAGUUUUAGAAGAAAUGGAUAUAACAAAAAGAUUACGUUUAUCAUUAGCUCUUUUGAAAAAAGAGUAUGAGCUGAGUAAAUUACAACAAAAGAUUGGUAGAGAAGUUGAAGAAAAAGUUAAACAGCAACACAGAAAAUAUAUUUUGCAUGAGCAACUCAAAGUUAUAAAAAAAGAAUUGGGACUAGAAAAAGAUGAUAAGGAUGCUAUAGAAGAAAAGUACAGAGAAAGAAUUAAAGACAAAGUUGUACCGAAACCUGUGAUGGAUGUUGUAGAAGAAGAAUUGACAAAACUAAGUUUCUUGGAAAGUCACAGCAGUGAAUUCAACGUUACGAGAAAUUAUUUGGAUUGGCUAACAUCAAUGCCUUGGGGCAUUGCAAGUCCUGAUAAUUUGGAGCUUCAACAAGCAAUCGAAAUUCUUGAUCAAGAUCACUAUGGAAUGGAAGAUAUCAAAAAGAGAAUCUUAGAAUUUAUUGCGGUUAGCCAAUUAAAAGGAUCGACACAAGGAAAAAUUUUAUGCUUCCACGGACCUCCUGGUGUUGGAAAAACAUCGAUAGCUAAGUCAAUAGCACGUGCCUUGAACCGGGAAUAUUUUCGAUUUAGCGUGGGUGGUAUGACUGACGUUGCUGAAAUUAAAGGUCAUAGGAGAACAUAUGUAGGUGCCAUGCCAGGAAAAAUUAUUCAAUGUUUGAAAAAGACUAAAACAGAAAAUCCUCUAGUGUUAAUAGAUGAGGUAGACAAAAUUGGAAAAGGAUACCAAGGAGAUCCAGCUUCAGCACUGUUAGAAAUGCUAGAUCCAGAGCAAAACGCGAACUUUCUUGAUCACUACCUCGAUGUGUCAGUUGAUUUAUCCAAAGUACUUUUUAUUUGCACUGCCAAUGUAAUCGAUACGAUUCCUGAACCUCUUCGAGAUCGAAUGGAGCUUAUAGAUAUGUCUGGUUACGUAGCAGAAGAAAAACUUGCUAUUGCUAAGCAGUAUCUUGUUCCCCAAUCCAUGAAGGACUCUGGUCUUUCCACCGAUCAAAUAUUAAUUGACGAGAGUGCCUUGAACUGUCUCAUAAAAUCAUACUGUCGAGAGUCAGGAGUAAGAAACUUGCAAAAGCAUAUUGAAAAGGUGCACCGCAAAGUAGCUUUUAAGGUUGUCAAGAAAGAAGCGGAAAAGCUGGUAGUAACAAAGGAUAACUUGCAAGACUUUGUUGGCAAACCGACAUUUACUCACGAUAGAAUGUACGAGCUUACACCACCUGGUGUGGUGAUGGGUUUGGCAUGGACGGCUAUGGGUGGAUCAACGCUUUUUAUUGAAACGACUAUUAGAAAACCAAAUGAUACGUCCAAGAAAUUCGACGGAACUUUCGAGGUAACAGGUCAUCUCGGAGACGUUAUGAAAGAGUCAAUCAGAAUUGCUAUGACUGUAGCCAGAAACUUUCUUCAAAAGAAAGAUCCGACGAAUACUUUUCUUUACGACGCACACUUGCACUUGCAUGUACCAGAAGGUGCAACACCUAAAGAUGGACCAAGUGCCGGCACGACAAUAGCAACUGCCUUCGUUUCGCUUGCUAGAAAUAAAUCCGUAAGACAGGACAUUGCAAUGACAGGGGAACUCAGCCUUAUGGGUAAAGUUUUACCUGUUGGAGGUAUCAAAGAAAAAACUAUUGCUGCUAAACGAGUUGGAGUAAAUUGUAUAAUAUUACCGGAAGAAAAUAAAAAAGACUUUGAAGAUUUGCCAAAAUAUAUCACCGAUGGCCUUGAAGUUCAUUUUGUUUCUAGCUUUGAAGAUAUUUAUAGGAUAUGUUUUCCGGAAGGGCAACAUACAGAAACACCUGUACAACAUAAUGAGGACUUAACAACAAAUUUCACAUCCAAACAACAAGCUCCACUUCAGGCAUAG